GGGGCGAUGACGAGAGGGUAGCAACAGUUGCCCCGGUGAAGGCAAGGCGCCAUAGUCACGGUAGUCCUGGCGACAAGAACCAAGCAACGAGAGUCAACAACAACAACCUAAAUGAAAAGCUGUACGCCACUGAUAGUUUCCAACAAAAGCCCCACUUCCUCUUCUGGUUUAUGUUCCACGUGUGCACACACGUGUGAGCUACACACUCAAGAACUACUGCCUAAAAGCAUUGGUUGCCAUGGCAACUUCUGGAUACUCUGAGGACCUUCAGCCUCAGCAGGCCAACACUGUAACCAUAGCAACACCUCCUGCCACCACAACCUCAUCUGCAAAGACGGCACACUUCCUGUCCGAGAUUCCACCAACCUCUGGGACCAUUAUGUCGGCUAACCAAUCGUCCGCUGCCUCAAAAACAGGACAGGGUGCACUUUGUUCUCAAGCACCGCCCAUCAGCCAAAGCCAGAAGGCAGCGGUUCUGACAGCGCCCACACAGCACUACGUGAACCCAGAAAUCCAGCAUUCUGCGGCCCAGAAAAGUAACGGUCAGAGCAACUCUCCCCAGUACAUCAUAGUAACUGUCACAGAGGGCUCUGUUCACUCCAAUGACAGCCUGUCCGACUCCAGCCCACCUGCUCCUACUCAGGUGGUCCAACCUGUGGAGUCCAUCCAACAGAGGUCAGUGUUGCAAGUGGUGUCGCAGGCAGCCAAGAGGAUUCAGUCUGGCCACGUCAACAAUCUACACUCUGUGCACAUUAGGCAGGAGGUGGAGAAUGUGUACUCUGGCCAGGUGCAGUAUGUGGACGGAGGAGGAGACGUGACUUUUACUACAUCCUCCAUUCGAUCCAGCAACUACCCUUUCUCCGACUCGCCCCUCUACUCCCAGACCCCUCCCACCUCCUCCUCCUCCUACUACGAGACCACGCCCAGUACUGAGUCAGACAUCACCGGCUCUGUGACCUCGCAGCCGGUUUCUGUGGCAACAGCGGGAGCCAAUUGUGGGGGAGCUGCUGCAGGCGGAGGGGGCUAUGUCAUUCAGGGAGGUUAUAUGUUAGGAGGAGGAGCAGCAGGUGGAGGAGGAGGACAGUCUUUCUCCAACCCUAACUCUCGUGCACCACCCGCUACUGUGCAGUGGCUGUGUGAUAACUAUGAGGGGGCAGAGGGGGUGAGUUUACCUCGCUGCACCCUCUACUACCACUACCUGCUGCACUGCCAGGAGCAGAAACUAGAACCGUUAAUGCUGCAUCCUUUGGCAAACUUCAUCAGGUCUGUCUUCAUGGGGCUACGUACACGAAGAUUAGGCACCAGAGGGAACUCAAAGUACCACUACUAUGGUCUCAGGAUCAAAUCUGGUUCCCCACUGCUCAGACUGAUGGAUGAACAACAGCACAUGGCGAUGAGGCAGCAACCUUUUACUCUGUCCAAUAGGAUAAAGCCACUUCAUAAGGCACAGGUCACCAAUGGGACAUCAGGUGUGGGUCAGCAGCAGGCGGCGGCACUAUGUGAUAUUUCGGCACAGGUGCAACAGUAUCAGCAGUUUCUUGAGCCAUCAAGGGCGCUGCCAGACUUUGUGGACAUUGAUCUGCAAGAUCGAACCCUGCCUGAUGGGAUCCUUUUAGAACACAUCAAGGCCUUCCAGACUCUCUACAGAGAGCACUGUGAGGCCAUUCUGGAUGUGAUGGUCAACCUUCAGUUCACUCUCGUGGAGACACUGUGGAAAUCCUUCUGGAGGUUCAGCCAGAGCAGUGACACAGAAUCACUCCACCUGCACAAUGAGUCUGAGAAGCGUCUGCCCAAGUCGUGCCUGGUGGUGCUGUGUAAGUAUGAGCCAGUGCUGCGCUGGACCAAAGAGUGCGACAACCUGCUGUACCAGACUCUGGUGGAGAUCCUCAUCCCUGAUGUACUGAGACCCAUCCCCAGUGCCUUAACUCAGGCCAUUCGCAACUUUGCCAAGAGUCUGGAGAAUUGGUUGACCGGAGCCAUGAUGAACAUCCCAGACGAGAUGGUUCGCAUUAAAGGUAUUUAUAGGCUUCUGCAUUGAUUCGUGGUGUGUGUUGGCUCCUUCUCCCAGACGUUGCGCCGCUAUACCAGCCUGAACCACCUGGCCCAGGCAGCCCGUGCUGUCCUGCAGAACACAGCCCAGAUCAACCAGAUGCUCUCCGACCUCAACCGGGUUGAUUUCACUAACGUACAGGAGCAGGCAUCCUGGGUAUGUCAGUGUGAGGACCGUGUGGUACAGCAGCUGGAGCAGGACUUUAAAAUGACUCUGCAGCAGCAGAACUCUGAGCAGUGGGCUACCUGGCUGGACGGUGUUGUCACUGAGGCCCUAAAGCCCUACGAGCACAACUCUGUCGCCCUACCAAAGGCUGCCAAGGUCUUCUUGCUCAACUGGUCCUUUUAUAGCUCUAUGGUAAUCCGAGAUCUGACUCUGCGCAGUGCUGCCAGCUUUGGUUCCUUUCACCUGAUCCGCUUGCUGUAUGAUGAGUAUAUGUACUACCUGAUAGAACACAGGGUGGCCCAGGCUAAAGGAGUGACACCCAUUGCGGUCAUGGGAGAAUUUGCCAGCACUGUGAAGAACCGAAUCUCUCGGGACCUGGAAAAAGAAGAAGAAGAGGAUGAUGAGGAAGAGGAGAGCGAAGACGAGGGCGGUGAUCUCGUGCUGCAGUCCAGCUCUCUGAGUGCAAUGGAUGACGAGAAGGACCCGAUGGAGCCGCCCGCCAAGUUGCCCAGGACGAGUUUCAAUCUGCACACUGACUGACAGCACACAACCUUAGCCACUCACACACUCACACACACACACACACACACACGCACACACACACACACACACACACACACACAACACACACACACACACACACACACACACACACACACACACACACACAACACACACACACACACCUUUGCUUUAAGUUGAACAUCAUGCCAUCCCAUUCUGUCACUCUGUGUACGCUUCAGGUUUUGCAAAUAGCUGAUGUUUGGUGUGGAGCGUGUUUGUCGUCCGGUGUGUGUCUGCAAGCAUGUAAAAAUGUGGAAGAGCCUUUUGCCAAUUUUGUUCUUUUGUGCUGCUGCCAUUCUUUCUCUUUGCCUAUACUUGAUAUUUUACAGUCCUUCCCUCGUUCCCCUGUGCCUUCCCUGUUUAUACAGUGGCCAGUUGCCUGUAGCCACUCCUGUCCAGCCUCAACUGUAUUGUACAUAGUCUUGAUUCCCUCCUGCCCCGCCUUAACCACUGACCUGAUUGCUGGAAAGAUGAGAAGUGUUGUUCAUUGUGCUCUAAACUCCAAAAUAUCUCCUACCUUGCCUUUAAAGCAGUGACUAUGCAGGGAAGCUGGACUUUAAUGAACAGAACUUUUUAAAUCUCAGAGUAGCAUCUGGAAUGAUACUCCAUUAUAAUUUAUGUUGGGACAUAGAUGUUGAUUGGACAGAUAUGUGUGGAUGCCAUAUUUUACUUGCUUAUUAUGAAUUGCUUAUUAAUUUGGCCAAUUAACUGAUACCCCUGUGCCUUUGAGAGAUUUCUAGAGAUUUGUAUUCUAUAUAGUAUGUAUAAGUGGAUUAAUAAAUGAAGGUCCUGUGAA